CCGGGGCGCGGGAAAUGGUGGCGGCGGCAGCGGCGGGCGGGCCCCGCGGCCCGGCGGGGCCCAGCGCCGUUCCCCGCGGGUGGCGGCGGGUGAGCAGCCGCAGGCGGGCGGGCAGGACGGCCGGGAGGAUUGACGUGUACUUUGUCAGCCCUGAAGGGAAAAAGCUGAGGUCGAAACGAGCACUUGUGGAGUAUUUUCAGAAAACUGGAGAGACAAUACUGAAAGCAGCAGAUUUUGAUUUCACAGUUCCUCGGGGAAGCACACAUUCAGGAGUGAGGGGAUGCAGGACGAGAGCUGCGAGGACUGACCUGGAGAAGGACGAUUGUCAUAGCCAAGUGCAGGAGCUCUGUGCACAGAAUGGGUCCAAGGUUGGAAUUCAGAACAUCCAUGCUGGGAAUGGACACCUGGAAGAUGUUACAUCCACUUUGGAAAGCACAGAUUUGGUCAUGGAUGGCACAGACCCAGAGGAGGGUUUGAAAACUAAAAGGAAGGGGGCAGGUGGGAAAAGUGUCCAGAGUAGAAAACCUGGGAAGACCUCAGAAAGGAGGAACCAAGGUGACCCCCAGAGCAAGAGGCAGAGAAGAGUCCGUAGCACACGGCAGAUCGAGUGUGUUCAGAACAAGAGGUUCUGUAGACAGACAGAGGGGAGUGGGGCUGACAGCCAGGGUGUGGGUGAUCUGAGUGCUGAACCUGUGGGUGCAGGCAAAGCUUUGUCAGCAGUGUCCAGGGCACGGGCAGGCACACGGCUGAGGUCAGGGGCUGCUGGCUCGCAGAGGGACUCGGGGCACUUGUCAGAAGAGGGGCCUAUGGGGACAAGCUUCAGCAACCCAGCUGAGGAGAAAUCCCACGGACUGGAGACAGGGAAAGAGCCAGAUGGGGGGCCUGUGGGUAAGCAGGAUGUUAAAUCCAACACCGAGGCGGAUGCUGAGCCGUGGGACAGGAUGAGCUGCACAGCUGUCAGAGGGACACCAGAAGAGUCUGUCCCACGAACACAAGUGGAGAGAAGGAAAACAAGUCCAUAUUUUUCCAGUAAAUACAGCAAAGAAGCCCCCAGCCCCCCCAGAAGGAAAACCCUCAGAAAAUGGACCCCUCCACGUUCUCCUUUCAAUCUGGUCCAAGAAACACUCUUCCAUGAUCCAUGGAAGCUUCUCAUUGCCACCAUAUUUCUCAAUAAAACUUCAGGGAAAAUGGCAAUUCCAGUGCUCUGGGAGUUCCUGAAGAAGUACCCUUCUCCUGAGGUAGCCAGGGCUGCAGACUGGAAAGAGAUGUCAGAGCUGCUCAGACCUCUUGGCCUCUACGAACUCAGAGCCAAAACCAUCAUCAGGUUCUCGGGGGAGUACCUGAGCAAGCGGUGGCGGUACCCGAUCGAGCUGCACGGCAUCGGCAAGUACGGCAACGACUCCUACAGGAUCUUCUGUGUCAACGAGUGGAAGGAGGUGCAGCCACAGGACCACAAGUUGAACGUGUACCAUGCGUGGCUGUGGGAGAACCGGGAGAAGCUGAGCCUUGACUGAGCCCAGGCAAGGUGGGGGUGCCCCAGCCCCUCCGCCUGCACUCGGGUGACUUCACAGUUCUUGGUGUCGAUAUUUGUGUGAUGUCUUGGCUCGGGUCAUCGCUGUAAUGACAAGUGUCUGAUCUCUAUUUUUUAAAUAAAGGUGUCCGUGGUUGUA